UGUAAACCCGCCGUGUGGAAACCGCCUCCUUCUCCUCCUCCUCGUUCAGCGCCCGCCCGCCAGCCCGGCCGCUGUCAUUCGUCCAAGUCAAGCCAGCCGGUGCGAUCGUGGCGCUGGUGGAGUGGAGCGUCGAGAGCCGCAUGUAAAUGAACCGCCUCCGCUUCUGUCACCUGAGGAUCGAGUCGGGCGAACCGCAUGUCCCGUCUUCCGCGGCGGCUCCCCGGACUCCUUUUUGACGCUUUGUGCGGGGGAUCUGAAGAGAUUAAACUGCGCUGCCGUGGAGCAAAACGCUGCCCGCUAAUCGCUGCCUUUCCUCGGCGCUGGCUGUGCCUCGCUACAACUCGGAGUGCUUCUCUGCUGCCCCCUGGUGACCAUGUGGAGCAUGAGCGCCGUGAUCCUGGCCCUGGCCGUCGCCGUCACCCUCGGCUCGGCAGACCCCGACACGCAGAGACCGCGACACGACUCCAACUUGGAGAUCUACAAGCGGCUGUUUGAGACGAAGAGGAAAGAUCAGCUGAACGCCCUGAAGAACCUGGUGGAGCUGAACGACAUCAACCAGCAGUACAAGAUCAUAGACAUCAUGCUCAAGGGGCUUUUCAAGGUGUUGGAGGACUCCAGACAAAUCCUAGUGGCAGCUAACAUGCAGCCCGAUGACCCCUUCCCUCUGGAUGAUAAGAUCAAAGAAGCUUACUCCCAUGUGGUGGAGAACACGGCGUUUUUCGGCGACGUGGCGCUGCGCUUCCCACGCAUCGUCCACCACUACUACGACCGCAACGCCGACUGGGGAGGGCUGCUGCGCUGGGGGCUGAAUUUCUGCAACCAGACCGGAGUUUUCACAGGAGGAGCCCACCAACAUGUCCUCACACUCAUGUCACAGGAGCUGGGAAUCACGGAGAAAUCCCCAGAUUUUAUAAAUCCAUACCGCACAGAGAGAGACGACGUUCUUCACACGGCCGAAGCUUUCCAGAAGAUCCUGAGGGAGGAGGAGAAGAGGAGGAGGAAGGAGGAGAAGAGGAAAGAAAUCCGGAAAGGCCCCCGCAUCUCCCGCUCUCGCUCCGAGCUAUAGCGUCACCCCUCGGCGGUGGCGAGGAGCCAGAGAACAGGAUCUGGAGGAGCGAACACAGGGGUCCACACGGAGUGGCCCGACAUGCAGACUGCAACGACGGUGAAGGGAACAACAGCUGCCGUCCAUUGUACCAUACAGAAGUGAAGGCGCUCCGACGGAAAGAAUGGAGGAGCCAUCGCUGCGACACGAUAACGCGUUUAUUCAGAGGUUAGUCAGGUUCUGAUCGAGGCUCGACAUCGGCGCCGAUGUCUAAUUGGAGAAUCUAACUUUGUGCUCCGGGAGGAUUCUAGGACAACAACGGAAAAGUCAAACCUACAGAGGCGGACGGAUUUAUUGGCACGCCUGGUAAAGAUGUGGAAAUGCAUCUUUUGGAAAAACCCUAAUUCAUGCUUAAACCUCCUUCGAGUGUUUGUCGCUGAAAAUCCCAAACUCAGUUUCCAGUUAAAGUCCGAGCGUGUUUAUACUUGUGAUGUUAGAACCUAAAAAGGCUUUUUCUUGUUUACUCCCAAACAAUUGAAAACAGUUAAUUGAAAUUGAUCAAUUUAAAAAAAAAGUCAAAGUAUAAGAAAUUCUUUUUGCGUUCUUGUUUUAAAGAGAUCGCUACAAGCACCAAUAUUUGUCCUCUACUGAUUUUGUUAAAGAAUUACAAACUAAAUAAUAAAAUUUAGCAACAUUUUCUUAGUGCUGGACCACACUGCUGCGUUGAAAAAUAUAAAUUUAAAGCAAUAUACACGUCUUUACCAGGGGAGCCAACAGAUUUUCCAGUUUCCUGCGCUGUAUUGGGUUAUACGGUAACUGAACUUUGGCAUAUUAUUCAUUUAAAAAGUUUACUUCAGAACUUUACAAACCCCUAAUGUAUUGUCUGGUCCAGAUCUAAUGUGUGUAAAAUCCCAUAUGCUUUAAAUAUGUGUCAUUAUUUAAACAUUUAUAAAUUGACCUCGUUUAACCUUGGCCUGUUUUGUAGUGAGAGAUGAGCUCAACUACUUUGUCAUUUUGAGGGGUACGUUUUUUUUUUUGUUUUUGUUUUGUUUUUUGGGGGUUGUUUUUUGUAAAAAUGAAAAAUCUCCCUGUAAUUGCUGCUUAAAGUUGUGGGGAUGGCUCUUAUUUUGUUUGCCUG